AUGUACAAGAAAAAAUGUUGUUGGGAUGAAACAAUAGACUCGUUAGUGAGGCAAGCUUGGGCAAGGAAAACGACACAAAGUUAUGAACAAGAAAAUAGGUGUAACGGUGUGGCUGAUGGAGUAGCAAAACCUACACAUAACGCUGGAUCCGCAAGUCAUUUGAAGAUAGCUUCUGAUUUGAAGAGAAAAUUAGGACGUGAUCCACCCCAUAGUGAAUUAUUCCUGUAUACACAUACAAAGAAUCACAAUGGAGUCACUUUCACAAAUGAAAAAGAUAGACAAAUUCAUGCGGCCUAUACAGAAAAACAGGAAGAGUUGGAAGCUGACGGUGUUGAAUUUGAGGAGGACAAGAUAUUUUAUGCUGUUGUUGGUCGUAAUGAUAAGAAAGAAGACUUUAUGGAUUAG